CGACUGAAAUGAUCCACUUGCUACAUCAUAUAUUCAUGUUGAAGUCCAAGAAACGAUUGCAUCUAUACGCAGGAACUCGUGAGCAGUGUGAAGCGUAACCCUUGAUAGCAACGGUUAUAUGUAAGGUCAGUCACUUUUGCACCAAACAACCAGCUAAGUCAACUACACGCUUUCGUUUCAGCGACUGGAAUUUUGACUUGCCGGUCUUUUUCCGCAAAAGUUCUACCUCUACGUCCUUGUCAGACGUUCUCUCUUUCUUUUUCGACACUCCAAAACCAUGGCAGGUCCUCGAGGUAGGUUCAACUUCAAAGGAGGUUUGACUGUCAGGCCAAGAUCCUCACCUGGCCAAGCAACGCCUCCGAAGAAGCGGAAAACUGAUUCAAAAAGUACCGCGGCAUCUCCCAGCCGCUCGGUUGUCAUAGAUCUAGGAUCAGAUUCGAGCGAUGCAAAGGGGCCACCAAGGAAGAAAUUGAAGUCGAACGCUUCGUCAAAUGCCAGAAUCCCGAAAUGUUCCCCAAAUCUACCCGAAGAAGAAUCGAAACUAGAUCCUUCAAGGCAUUCUCCUCCGGCGGAGUCUUCGCAGAAGUCCAGUCAUGCACUUGAUGUAGAGGAUCUUGUCACCAUUUCAUCCGACUCGGCUGACGAGGAAUUGAUGCAGCUAGCGGAGGAAGAAGGAUCAGACUCAGACUUACCUUCAGAGUCAUCUGAUCCACCAGAAGAAACGUUUCCAAUAAAGGUACCCACUUCACCGAGGCUGCCCCCGCGUAAUGAGAGAGAAGAACGUUGGGAGGAGAUCAAGUCCAUACUGUACACGCGCCCACUGACCGAGAGCGCAGCACGCAUUGCUGAAUUCGGCGGUAUCGCUGUUGAGGAGGAUGCACUCGUCAAAGACCUGCAGCGCAAAGACGAGAAUUUUGCUAUACUGUUAAAGAGCAUCCUCACGAAAAAUGCCGACUCAGCCCAGCUCAAAUACUUCUACGAGCUCCUUCAAAAGCAAUACAACGAGUUGAUGAAGCGGAUCUCAACUGAGAAGUUCACCGACAGAAGUAUCUCGUGGGACUGUAAAGGAGGUUACGGGGCAGAUUGGGCUCACGCAGCCACCCACGAUGACCAGGAAAUCCACCCUCAGCAUCUCAAAGGGGUUAUCAGUCCCUUCGACGCCGCCCAAUAUAUAAGAGACAUCACCUGGACCAUCAAAUUCGUCGGUACUGAUGUACGUGCACGUCUGGCCAGGAAUGCCAGGGUCUUGUCACAACAUGUCGAAAGCCUCGAGGCAGAGAACCAGAAACUCAAAGACGAAAUAAUAGUGCUCAAAGGCGGAACAGUCAAGCCAAAGUACGUCUUGCCCGUUGGCAAAUUCGGUGAAUCAUCUCACUGGGUUCGUAUGAAAUGGAGCGAGGACGUCUGCAAACUCAUCUCCGACCCGCUUGGUUAUGGCAAACCCAUCUACGAUGACGACCACUAUUGGGGUCUCGGAACGAAAAUGCUCAAGAACCCUACAUCCCCAGCAGAAGCAGCCCAUCCCUGGUUCCUCAACAAGUCUGCCGGCAUCGCCACUCGCUUCAAUCACCCCAAGGCACUCUUCAUGCUCUGGGAGGGCAGCCUCGGCGAAGAAGCCUUCUACGCGCCCGCUGUAAAAUGGCACUCCAACAACGAGCCUAACCCAACAAUGCCGCUCCUCACCGAGGAAGACCGCCGCAAAGCCCUCUACAUGCACUGCAACCACCAGUUCCGCAAAAACUCGCCCUUCAUCAUGGCGUCCAGCAGCCUCGCAUACGUCUCAAGCGUCUGGCAGUAUCGCCUGCGCGCCAACUAUCUCCUACAGCACGUCUCGCCCGUGCUCUUCCUCAGCGUCAUCAGCGUCGCCGCGCGCCUGCUCGACUCCCACCCAAUCCUCAAAUUCACCGAUGAACUCGCCUACUACAACAUCUCACACCCCGAAAUGUCCAUCCCCUGCAAUGGCUCCCCCGCCUUCUCAACCGAGUAUCUCCUCCCAUACAUUGUCAAGUCUUCUCAUGUCGUCGGUACGUACAAGCUCGAUGGCAUCAUGGCUACGCAGCAGCGCUGGAAGAUGGUCGAGGAGAUCCGCCAGAAGGGCAAUGGGGCGAAGAGUACGAGGCCGGUUGUGGUGGGCAAGUUCAUGACGGAUGCAAAGGAGAGGGACGAGCAGUGCUUGCAGCGGUGGUAUGACAAGAAGAUUGAGAAGCAGGUGGACGCGUUCAACACGAUGGCCUGGCAUCCGGAGUGGCAAAAGGCCGGGGAGUUUAAGCGGGAUCGGGAUCUUGAAGCUGAUAAGAAUCGUGACGUGAUCAGAUAUUAGUGGUGU